AUGAGCUGCAAUGGCCUUCACACAACGGCUGAGACGGGGACGACACAGAUGAUGGCUUCAACAAGUCUCCUGACGGGGUUCCCAAACCCUAGCAAGGGUUACGUGCGCAAGGCAUACGUAGACACGCCGUCCGGGCAGGUUCACUACCGGGCUGGCAGGCCGCCGUAUGGCAUGGCGGAGCGACACGACGUAUUGGUAUUCCUGCAUAGGGUGGCAGCCUCGUCGGCCUCAUUCGAGGAGCUCAUGAUCCACUACGCCACCGAGGGCUUCACCAGCCUGGCCCCCGACAUGCCGGGGUUCGGCGCCUCUUUCGAUCCAUCCGAAGAUGACAACUCCAUAAUCGCGCGCGACGGCACCGCGUGGUACGUCAACGUUCUCGCCAGCGCCCUACGCGCCAUCCUCAGCGGCGUCUCCUUUUCGGCCAUGACCCCACGCCCCAUCCACAUCCUGGGCCACCACGCCGGCGCCGCCCUUGCUAUCCAGCUCGCGUCGCAAUCGCCACUGUCCGACUCGCACUUUUCCGUCGUGUACCGACCGCCGCCGAGUGGUCUUAUGAUCAAGUCCCUCACGCUUGUCGGUCCGAGCAUUAUGUCGGCGGCGCAGCGCUCCAUGAUGAAGGAGCGCUUGAUCGACCCAUUGAACCAGCCCACGCCCGACGGCUCGCACCUCGUCAAAACCUGGGACUACCUACGUGAAAUGGGCGUACUGGGCCCGCCGCCACUGCCACCGAGCCCAUCGGCCAAGGACCUGGAGCUGCACCAUCGCGAGACUCUCGACCACAUCCGGGCCUGGAAGGGGCAUAGGCUGGUUUCGACUGCGGUCUGGGAGCUGGACCAGGAGGCUCUCUUUCGCCAGGUCGACUGCCCAGUCCUGGCAUUGUGCGCGACCGACGAUGUGCUGUGGCCCUUCUUCGACAACGUGCGGGCCGCCAAGGGCGUCGAGGCUCACAUCAUCGGCGGAGGCAACUUCUCCACGGAUCGCGACACCGAUGGGGUUAUCAGGGCCUGGUCGGGGUUUUUGCACAGGGUGGGGGCUUUCGAUAUUACCGAGCCUGUCAAGAUGAAGGGUGAGGUCGUAAGGUAG